AGCAGCCGCUGGGGCGUCUGCCGCCGAGAAACGGAAGUGUAGGUGACGGUCUGAGGCAGCACCGCCAAGCUGGGAACCGGGGAGAUGGCCGAGACGGACCCCAAGACAGUGCAGGAUCUCACCUCGGUGGUGCAGACACUCCUGCAGCAGAUGCAAGAUAAAUUUCAGACCAUGUCCGACCAGAUCAUCGGAAGAAUUGAUGACAUGAGCAGUCGCAUUGAUGACCUGGAGAAAAACAUCGCAGACCUCAUGACACAGGCCGGGGUGGAAGAGCUGGAUGGGGAAAACAAGAUCCCUGCCACACAGAAGAGUUGAAGGCUGCUCAUCUGCACUGGACUCUGCAGCACCCUUUGUACAAGCUGAGAGGAGACAGUGGCUUUUUGCAACUAACUACUAUGUGUAGACAGGUUUUAUAUUAUCAAGUGUGCAUUCUUCUUACCACGUCCUAUAGAGUUAGUUUAUAGAGUGAUUUCCCUCCCCUGCCCCCCAUGUUUCCUGAACGUGGUAACUUCACAUCUUGGACCUUGGUCAGUUGUGCUAUUAAACACUAAAACUUUGGCAGUUCCUGCAUACAAUUGUCAAAUUUUUUAGUGUAUUUUUGUGAGGUUAUGUUUUUUUCUAUCAUUCCCUUUGUAGUAGUUGCUGUUUGAUAAAAGUUGCUAUGUAAUUUUUUUAUUAGACAUAGGGUAGAUCCUUGGUUAUAAUUAGAUCUUGUGAAGUAAGGCAUUUAUAGUUAAGGUUCUUUGAUUCUCAGAGUGACUGUUGAGUGAACACCAAAUAAUGUGUCAGUGAUACUUUCCAAGUGGUUAAAAACAUUUAAAAUUGUGUAUUCAGAAAUAUCUGUCACUACUCUGUCACCAAAACUCGAAAUGGAACCACGAUCUUAUGUCUGAGUCCCUGAGGUCAGAUGCUACAGUAACGGAGAGUGACCACUGCCACUUUAGUGUUAGAAUUUUUAAAUACAGAAAAUGACAGAGUUGCCUGAUGUGAUGAGGCUUUAAGUAGUUAGAGUUUUGCAUGAGAUUUGAAUACUUCAGUAGGAGCCUACAUUGUUCAUCUACAGUAGUUACCAUAGGAAAUCUGGCAGGAUUUUACAACUCAGUUACUUCAUCUUUUGAGCUGCUGACUGGGAAAAAAAAACAGAAGAGGAAAACAGACCAUGUUACGUCCACAGCAGUCGCUUUGGCUAGAAGAUGAUAAAUAACUUGUAGUAGGCUUGAGUUGUUAAGAAAUACUGUUUCUUUGAACUGUUUCUCACCUAAAUUUGAGCAGAGUAGUGGCUUUCUUAUCAAUGGUGGGAGACAGAGACAGUAACUCCUGCGGCUCAGCCUUGCAGCGUCAGGAGUGCUGAGCCCGGAGGCAGUGUCGCUGGGAAGGAGGCCCUGCGCCUGGCACAGCAGGAUGGUCUCGUACAGAGAAGAUGGGAGAAGUUAAGAAAUGGAACAGUGCUUUGGAGAGGGAAACCCGUAGUCAACGCAGUAGGAGUUUUUUAAAAGUUUCCUGUGUCGCCAGUCUUAAUUGUUUGUAUUGCAAAUAUAUAAUAAUAUUAAGGAAUAAUUUGUCCUGUUUAUAAAUUAUAUGGGGAACACAAAGGAGUCGAUUUAUUCUGGGAUAAAAUGAAUUCCCCACUUUUAUCACCGAGCUGCAGAAACUCCCUCACUGGGCCGGUAGGUUGUGCUGCGACGUGUGGCCCUGAAAGCCCAGAGAGAGCUGCCUCUGAGACUGGACAGAACAUGCAGGAUGCUUGCAGGCCUGGGAGUUGGCAAGUGGACAGUCGGGACGUAGGAGUUGGCUUCCUUAAGUAACUGAAAGGUUUCAGAGGAAGCGCCCCUGACCAAAAAUACCUGCCAUGAAUAAAGGUGCCUGAAAUUCUGCUGUUGACGCUUCCUUUGUGUCCAAAAUGAUUGGCUUGGUUUUCUGCAUUUUCAUACCAUUUCAGAUGAUUGGCUAGAACCCCGGGAAGGAUUCAGGACCAAUAGCCAACGUGGGGAUGUGAGGCACGGGGGGAGCCUGUGCUGCCAGAAGGGAAGCCAGGGAGCACAGAAGACUCGGCUGCAGGGCUCGCCGACCACAGUGGAGGAAAGCAGUACCCUGCAGGGUCCAGAGGGAAGCCUUCGGGAGUGUGCUCCCCCCGGACACUUGUCCCCAAGAAGCCCCAGCAAGGAAGGGUUUGUGCUCACUUGGGGUGGAAUCUUCCAGGCUCAUGUGAUUCACCUGAUGAAAGUUCACAAUGUGAAUCAGCACAGGAGAGGCUCUGAGUCCCCAGCGCAGAAAUGGGACUUAACUCACCUGCCAGUUUCCAACUCACUUGACCAAGCAUCUUUUUUUAUACUUAGCACCUAAUUAACAUUUCAUUGAACCAGCCUGUGAUGCGAAGCACGC